ACAUCCCUAAAGGCUAAAGACUGCCAACUCAUCGCAACACCUACAGCUAGGCAAUGCUACCGUAGCAUUUCGAGUCGAGCUAAAUUUAAGUUUUUGCAUUGGCAUUUAUUAACAACAAAAUGGGCAUAAUUCUAUCGAAAUUUCGGAAAGAAAAGUCAACGGCAGCGGUGCUGGAGGGGCUGCAGGAGCAGAUUCAAGAGCUAGAACAAUACUUGAAGAAUACGCAAGAGCGAAAACGUCGUUUCGUCAGCAACUUUUUGGGCGUCACAAUUGGCAUUUACAUAGUGGGCUUCGUACUAUGGUAUUUCUUCUAUUUCCCGCCAACUGUGAAGGAGCGCCUCAUGAAUUUGGUGCCCUUGCUCAUAUUUCCAGUUCUCAUUAUAUUCUUACGGCAAAUUUUCACCUGGUAUUUCCAACGAAAGCUGAACAAAAAUGGAAAUAAGCUAGCCGAACUGAAGGUGAAGAAGAGUCAAAUAUUAGACCAGGUCAUGGAUAAGGAAAUCUAUAAAGAUGCAGUUAAACUGCUCGAACGUUUCGGCGACAAAAAACUGAAUCCCAUAACUAGCCAAUUGAGCGCAACACCGCGACCAUCGCAAAGCAUUACGGCAUUGAAUCGCUCAGCUAGUAAUCAAAUUCCACGCACGCCGAUAGCCGCGCCAGGCGCACGGCAACAGCGGAGCCUCACACCCUACACCAGCGUCUAUCGCAAUCAAAACAACAAUUUGAACACCAGCCUCAGCAGCAAUGUUCAACGCUUGCAGGUGAUGCCAGCGACUCCAGUUACGCGGGCCGGGCAGGAGCUUCGCCGACGAACGCCUUUUCCGAUUGUCGACGAACGUUCACGCAGCGCUCUGGACCGUAUCGUGGACAUGAUUGUCGGCGAUAGUCCGCAGGAUCGCUUCGGCAUGAUCUGCAAGAAGUGCCAUUCCCACAACGGCAUGCUGCCGAAGGAAGAAUACGAAUACACCACAUUUCGGUGCGCAUUUUGUGAGGAGUUGAAUCCGGCACGCAAAGAACGCCCCGUUGCGCCACGUCUUGCCUUGCAGCAAUUGCCGGAAACACCGAACACACCAUUAAGUGCCCGCAACGAAAGCUCCGAUAGUGGAUCAUCGGCUGAUGAAGACUCAGACAGAGAAGAGCCGACGCGCUCCGAGCAGCUUCAAGCACUGCAACCGACUGAUAUUACUGAAACAACAACAACACCAACAACGACUGCUUCAAGCCAUGAGAGUGAAACCGAUGUAGCCGCCGAGCCCGAGGCUAAUGCGGCGGCUGCGAGUGAAAGUACGCCAGAAUAGAGAAUAAGUUCGCGUAAUACGUGAAAAACAGGAAAUAUAAUACAUAGUUUGAUAUUGUA